UGCCCAUCCUGGUAGCUCAUCAUUUGGCGAGGAGAGGCAAAAGCGAGCUGUGGGCGCCGACGUUGGCCGGAUGGUUAAAUCCAACCUACAGAAGAUAUUGAAUAGCCAUUGUUUUGUUAGAGAAAAAGAGAGAAACUUAAUCGACAUGCCAGUUAUUGAACAAACCAGUAAUAAACCUGAAAGUGAAAGCAUCUCCAGUCCCAGGAGGUGCUCCCGCUGUUGCAGUAACCCGUGUCCGGGGCCUCUGUGGUGCUCCGAUGCCCCUCUCCCACCCCUGAAGAUCCCAGGUGGGCGAGGGAAUGACCAGUGGGAUCGCAAUCUUUCAGCUAAGCUAUUCUACUCUGAUGCUCAGUUGCUGGUUCUUGAGGAGCCUCCCCCUGCCACCGGCAGAGUGCGCUUCCUGCUCUUCGAGCCCCGCCGCUCUGAAGGGAAGCACUGUGUCUGGAGGGCGGCGCUGAAAGGGGGGAACCUUUAUGUUGAAAUCCCCCCUGGAGCUUUGCCUGAGGGCAGCAAAGACAGUUUUGCUCUCCUGCUGGAGUUUGCAGAAGAGCAGCUGCAAGUUGAUCAUGUGUUCAUCUGCUUUCACAAGAGCCGUGAUGAUAGAGCAUCCCUACUUCGUACAUUCAGUUUCCUGGGCUUUGAGAUUGUGAGACCGGGUCAUCCUCUUGUCCCUACCCGCCCUGACGCUUUCUUCAUGGCUUACAGCAUCGAACGAGACUCCUCUGAUGAUGAUUAAAUUACGCUGAGCAAUUACAGAUAUGUUGUUUGUUGUUCUUUCAACCCAUACCCACCUAUCUUUUUGAUUUUUGGAAAUCAAUAUUAUUCAGGCUCAGUAUGGUUGAGGUUUCCUGUGAAAGAGCUUUUUUGUUUGUUAAUUUUACCUACUAUGUGCUGUGUUGCAAUGAUAUUUGCACUAGUGUAAGAUGUUAUAUGCCAGGAAUGUAAAGCAGGCACCCACAUAAAAUCUGGGUAAUGCAUCCUCACCGCUGUAUUACUUUCCAUGAUGUGUUGUGCUGACUUCCUGUUCACCCUCCCUGUACACCCCAAUGAUCAUCUCUACAAUGUAAUAUUUAUGGUAUAAAAUUUAAAUCAUCUUAUUCAUGUAAUUAGAUAUGUUGCCAUGGUCAUUUUCAGUUGAUUCACCUGUUCAUAUUGAUUUUUUUUUUUUUUUUUUUUUUUUUAUGUGUGCAUGGAUUCUAAUUUGUUGCUUUGAUUCACUCGACAGAAAUCUGCAUGUUGUAACUGUACUAAAUAAAACUGCUCACCUUA